CCGGGCCUCUGGGGGACCUCGGGGGCCGUGAGCACGCGGAGAGAGCCUCCCAGGCCCCUCGUGGGGCGCUGGGCCGGCUCUGAGGAUGCCCACCAACGGCCUGCACCAGGUGCUGAAGAUCCAGUUUGGCCUCGUCAACGAUGCUGACCGCUACCUGACGGCCGAGAGCUUCGGCUUCAAGGUCAACGCCUCAGCACCCAGCCUCAAGAGGAAGCAGACGUGGGUGCUGGAGCCUGACCCGGGGCAGGGCGCCGCUGUGCUGCUCCGCAGCAACCACCUGGGCCGCUACCUGUCCGCCCAGGAGGACGGGCGCGUGGCCUGCGAGGCGGAGCGGCCGGGCCGUGACUGCCGCUUCCUGGUGCUGCCACAGCCCGACGGGCGCUGGGCGCUGCAGUCGGAGCCGCACGGCCGCUUCUUCGGCGGCACUGAGGACCGGCUGUCCUGCUUCGCCACGGCCAUCUCCCCGGCCGAGCUGUGGACCGUCCACCUGGCCAUCCACCCGCAGGCGCACCUGCUGAGCGUGAGCCGCCGGCGCUACGUGCACCUGUGCCCGCAGGAGGACGAGAUGGCGGCCGACAGCGACACGCCCUGGGGCGUGGGCGCGCUCGUCACCCUCCUCUUCCAGAACCGGCAGUACUGCCUCCAGUCCUGUGACGGCCGCUACCUGCGCAGUGACGGCCGCCUCGUGGGGGGGCCCGAGCCCCACGCCCGCUACACGCUCGGGGUCAAGGCGGGCAAGCUGGCCUUCAAGGACCGUGACGGCCGCUACCUGGCACCCGGGGGGCCCGCCGGCACGCUCAGGGCAGGCCGCAGCACGCGGCCGGGCAAGGAUGAGCUCUUCGACCUGGAGGAGAGCCACCCGCAGGUGGUGCUGGUGGCCGCCAACCACCGCUACGUGUCCGUGCGGCAAGGGGUCAACGUCUCAGCCAACCAAGACGAAGAACUGCAUCAUGAGACCUUCCUGAUGCAAAUUGACCAGGAGACAAAGAAGUGCACCUUCUAUUCCAGCACCGGGGGCUACUGGACCCUCGUCACCCAUGGGGGCAUCCACGCCACAGCCACACAGGUUUCUGCCAACACCAUGUUUGAGGUGGAGUGGCGUGGCCGGCGGGUGGCCCUCAAGGCCAGUAAUGGGCGCUAUGUGUGCAUGAAGAAGAAUGGACAGCUGGCGGCCACCAGCGACUUUGUGGGUGACGACGAGCAGUUCAUUCUCAAGCUCAUCAAUCGGCCCAUCCUCGUGCUGCGGGGCCUGGACGGCUUCAUCUGCCACCGCCGUGGCUCCAACCAGCUGGACACCAACCGCUCCGUCUACGAGAUCUUCCAUCUGAGCUUCAGCGACGGCGCCUACCAAAUCCGAGGCCGCGGCGGCGGGUUCUGGUACACCGGCAGCCACGGCAGCGUGUGCAGCGACGGCGAGCGCGCCGAGGACUUCCUCUUCGAGUUCCGCGAGCGCGGCCGCCUGGCCAUCCGCGCGGGGAGCGGCAAGUACCUGCGCGGAGGCGCCUCCGGGCUGCUGCGCGCGGACGCGGACACGCCGGCCGGGCUCGCGCUCUGGGAGUACUGAGCGGGCGGCGCGCCCGUCCUCCCAUUAAACCGUGUCUGUGACGCA